AUGAAAGCGACGUACUUCAUCAUUGGAAUCGCGUUCAGUCAUGUCGCCACUUGUGGUUGCCCUUUCGCAGACCUGGCAAAGCGGUCCGGCGGGCUCACGGAAGACGAUAGAGCUAAACUUGAGCAGGUCCGAAGAGAUCCUUCACAGGCGGAGGCACUUUUCAAGGCUCAUCAAGCCAAGAAACGCGCACCAACACCUCAACCACAAGGUGGAAUCAUUGGCCCCAUUCUUGGCGGCGUGCUGGAUCUGCCCCUUGGAGGAGGGCUUCGUAAGCUUCCAGCAUUUGUCGGAGUUAGAUCCAUUAUUGACAUCCAUGGUCCAGUGAACGGUGUGCUACAGCCACUCACAGGCGCCCUCGCAGCUAUCGAUCUUCCAACGCCCCAGCCUCAAGGCCUCCAAGAAAUCCCAGGCGACGACCCAGACCAUCAGUUUCAAGCACCUGGUCCAACCGAUAUCAGAGGAGUGUGCCCCACGCUGAAUGCUCUCGCCAAUCACGGCUACAUAUCCCGUGAUGGCAUUACAAGCUUUGCUCAAGCUGCUAAUGCCGUUCAAACAGGCUACGGCUUCGACUUUUCACUGAGCGUUUUCCUCUCAGCUGUUGGUCUGAUGGCGGGCGGUGAUCUUGCCACUGGUAAGUAUACUAUCGCUGGCCGUGAUGCUCGUGUGCCAGAUACACUUGGCCCAGCUGGCGGGCUUGACAAGCACGGCGUCUUCGAGAUCGAUGGCAGUGUCACUCGUCAGGACGUUCAUUUCGGCAACAACGCGAAUUUUCUUGAGCAACGCUGGGACGAAUACGUAGCCGAAGCUAACGAACACGAUGGUGAAUUCGGUUUUGACACCCAAGCUCAAGACAACGGAUUGCGUUACGAUAACUCUAUCAAGACCAAUCCGGACUUUUUCGCCGGCGCCAUCUGGUUCAUUGUCUCGCAUGCUGAAAGGGUCUUCGUGUACGCUGGGCUUGCCAACGGGACCACAGGAAAGGCGGACUAUGACAACGUUGCUCCAUUUUUCCUCAACGAAACGUUUCCUGCAAAUUGGUAUCGCCGAGGGGUACCAUUCACCCUCCCUCAAGCUAUCCAGCAGGCAGGUGCAAUGUUUCUAGCAAAUCCUCGCGCACUGGGCGGCAACCAAGGCGUGGGUAAUUUUGUCCCUAUUGACAUAGCUUCCGAUCCCAGCAACAUUGCCAAUGCGCCGGCGGAGCUUGGCUGUUUCGUACUCGAAAAUCUGUUGGACGUGGCGCCAAAUCAGCUCGAUCCAUUGAUUUAUGACAACUUUGAACUUUUCACAGGAUUCAUCAAAGGAGUGAUCGCCCCCUUCUUCAUCAACGAUGGGUACUUCAACUGUCCUGCAGCUCUCGAGUUUACCAAGCCUGGGGAAAAUGCAGGCGAGUCUGGCGGUUCCGUCAGCUCGUCAGGCUCACCAGUUGACGGUGCCUACCCAGGCAUUGGUAUCAUUGCGCCUGACUCUCAACCCAGCUGA